AUGAGGCUCGUAUGUAAAUUAUGGAAUGAUGUCCUACAAGAUGAUCAUAUGUGGAGAAAAUUGUUUGAAACUAAAUAUAAUAAAGUGUCAAAUCCUUUGUUCCUCAAUGAUCAUUCAUAUAAAUCCAUUUGUCUAUUCAAAGAAUUCAAUGAGAAUAAGUUAUGGAAUAACGCUUUAUCGAUCAUAAAAGAUCAAACGCCAUCACAAAAACCUCAAAAAUAUAAGGUAUUCGGGGAAAAGGUCUCGACAAAUUCAUAUCCGUAUGAUAUAAUAAAUACCAAUAUAAUUGAAAAUGGUAUAGCGAUAGCAUUCGUCGCGCAACGACCGCUGAUUCGAGACGAUGACGCAAAUGGUGUAGUGAGGGUGUUGAAUGAAAGGCCAACGUUAAACAAUACCGAUUUUAACAUGAUACCAAACCUCGAAGUAGAAGUUUAUUUAAAAAUCAUUAAAUUUGAUGAUAAAGAAGAUAAAUUUGACGUUAGGUUAUGUGAUACGCAACGUUUGACGGUGACUCAAGAAGAUAUUGGUAGAAAUGUGAAUUGGAUCAAAAAUAUGAUUCGUGUGGAAUUUGGUAAAGAACAUUACAUGUAUUCCUUGGACGUAGCAUUGGGUACUUGUAAAAUAUUUUCGUACACAAAAGAACAUUCCGUAUGCAAUUUUAAUAUUGACAUCCCUCCAAUAUGUGACUUGUCAUUAUCGAAUAAUUUGUUGGUGGUGAGAACGGAAUCUGGUAGAUUACAAGUUACUACAAGUUCGGUUAUACGGGAUCAUCAAGAACAAAUCGUUGAUUUGGCCGAUGAUAAAAAAUUUAAUAUAAUCCUAAGUGAUGUUGCCAUGUUACCAUCUCAAUCAAAUUCAUUCGGCUCAUUUGCUAAUCAUUUUAAGGCUAACAUACUUUCAUAUUAUUUGGAUAAAAAUGAUUUCAUGAUUAUUAAUUAUGUUAACACGAAUGAUGAGAACGCGUUUAAAUGUUUGGACCUUAGAAAAAUUUCGAAUCGUUCGUCUUUUGAUGAGGGUUUUGAUUAUCGGAAACAUGUUGUUGAAUACUCUGAAAUAUUACCCGCAAAAGCACAUAGUUUCGCGGUCAGAUGGAAAAAUCAAAAUAAUGAUACUUAUGAACAUUAUUCUUCCUUUCAACAACAACAAUCCGAUGCGAUGAUUCAGGAUGAUCUAAUGCCAGAGGUUAUGAUCACGUGCUCUGGGGGACUUGUCUUGAUUUAUCGUCCGGUGGUACAAAAAAGGAACUCAACUUUUGUAAGUCGAGAAAAGAUAAAAACAAAGUUGACUUUAGUGUGGAGGAUAAGUACAGGAUUAAAUUUUUGUAAAAUGAUCGAUACCUCAUUAUGGACCAAGGAUAAUUUCCCUACAAAUGGGGAUUGGCUAUUUUUGUCGGCGAAAAAGUUGAAGGGUGACAUGAAAGUUCCGGUCGUGUUGCAACUCCUAUUACCAAAAUCAACGAGUUCAAAUUCCAAUAAAAAGCAACAAGAAAUUUCAUACGGAUACACUUACAUUGACGGUCAUAAUCCAAACGAAGUAAAAACUAGAUUUUCCAAGGAUCCUAUUACGUAUACUCGUCUUGUACAUAGAAUCAUUUCUGAUAAAAUCCCUCAUACUGGUUUAAUAGUACAAUUAUUACCUCUCCUUCCUCAUUCUCUUCUCAUAGUAUGUCAACGUAAAGAACCGGAUUUGAUUCGACCACGCCCAAAGUUUACCAUGUACAUUUAUGAUUAUCAUACGUCUUCAAUCACCCCAAUCCCUCAACACGUUGCUCCUUUCUUUUAUUUAUUACCUUCCGGUUAUUUUUACAUGGCUAAUUUCUCAAAGGAUGACAUCGUGUUCGUUCCGUUACCUAACUUAAGAUCCCGCUCUUUUAAUCCUGCUUUAAGUUCAAGGCUGGUUAAACCAAAAUUGGUUCCUGAUGGUCCUAAUAGGUUAAAGGUUACUCGUGGAACCGGUAAUAAACGUGUUAAAAAGCCUAAAGGUGCUAAAAUUGAUAAACACAAAAAUACAUGA